CUGCCGCCUGACAGUGCAGCGCGCGGCUGGGACCCUGCGACAGAAGCUGCAGAGGGCUUCCGACGGACGGCAGAGGGCCAACGAGACGAGCGCAAGCCAGAGCUGACCGAAGCGCUUCUUAUAACCGGUGAAGAUGUCUCUGGGACUGGUUCGCACAGUGCUGGAGGAGGACAAGCAGAGCGGCGAUGUGGUCGUCAUGGCCUUCCACAACGGCAAGCUCUUCACAGGCGCCGAGGGUGGUCGCCUGGUGGUCUACAAUCCGGACCUGACAGUGCACAAGGUUCUGCAGGCUCAAUUCAACACCAUCAAUGACCUGUGCAUCUUCAACAAUGACCUGGUCACAACAGGCAACGACGGCUUGAUCAAGGUAUGGGACGCCACCACCCUGGAGGCCAAGAAGACGCUGGAGGGACACGAAAAUGAAGUGCGCGUGCUGCAGGCCCGAGACGGAAAGCUGUUCUCUGGAGAUAUGAACGGCAAGGUGAAGAUCUGGUCAGCCGACUACAAGCUGCUCUUCACCCUGAGCUGCGUCGAGGAAGUGUGGUCCAUGGCCUUUGCCAAUAACAUCAUCUACACAGCGCGCAGCAACGACGUCACCUGCACAGAGAUCGGCUUCAAGGAGAUGGAUGUUGCGGGCGAGACCAAGUUCGUGAUCCUGGACACGUUCGAGGGUCGUGGUCCCCUGUGCAUCGCCAACGACAAGAUAUUGUACUGCAGCCGCGAGGGCACCAAAAUCCUGGUGAAGGAGAACCGCAGCGGACACAAGGACGUGGCUCAGCUGGAGGGUCACAGCAAGAUUAUCAACGCCAUGGUGGUUGUUGACAACAUGAUCUACAGCAGCGGGUACGAUGGCCUGGUGAAGAUGUGGGACGCUGGCUCGUUUAAGCAAACCGCCACGGGAACCACGGUGAACAAUCCCGUACACUCGCUGGCUGUGGGAGACGAUGGCGCCAUUUUCGCCGGCCUCGGCGGUGGCAACAUCGUCCAGAUGCGUCGCCAGUGAAGCGGCCUCGCCUCCCGAGCGCAGCUGACGCGCGUGGGAACGCUGGCGAUCCUCCGACUGGCCGAUUCGUGUCCGCCUCUGAUCCGAACCAGUCAAAGCUGCUUUUUUUGCUGAGUCCGCGGCUCACUGUGUGACCGAUAGAUGGUGAAGCCACCGGUCGGAUGUAAACGAAGGACACCGAUGAUAUGCACCAUGUAAACUGCUGCUCUGAAUUGGACACGGAGCCUUGGACUCAUUGUUUUGCAUGACAUCACUGCCAGUACGUGCCCGUAGUUUUUAUUUCGCAUAUAACAUUGGUAGCCCAUCACACAUGCAAGCAAAGAAUCCGAGUGAUGAAAAUAUAUUGUUAAAAUAAAAAAACUUCUGGAAUAUGGGUGCACUGUUGUGUCCAGUGCUCCUCUAGCAGCGAGUGGUACUGCGAAGACCGCCAAGCAGCGAAGCUUCUUUGUGUACCCUAAUGUGUGGGUUUGUGGCUUUGCCAAUGCGUGUCGAUUUUGUAAACAUUGCACUGCCAGGCCCAACUACUUGCCCGCUGGGUAGGGAUGCUCGGUGCUGCCUUACUUGCACCGCUACCCAGCAGCCAUCACUCCCACGACUGCGGUGGCUACGCCUAGAACGUGUCACAAUGCUCGUAAGACUUAGGCAAGACAUGAGGGCGUGAAGUGCGGCUGUGGCGAUUCAAAUACAUAAUUAUACACUGUUA